GUCUUACAUAUAUUAAAGAGUGUGUUUUAAUUUAUUAGGGGGGUCAAACUCAGAUACUUGAUGUGUGAAAGGGGUUGCCAGGAAAAAAGUUUGAGACCCACUGCCCUAGAGCACCCGAGGCAAGCCUGGGCUGCCCCUCCCCCAAGAUUUAGUCAGGCUUGUAUAAUACAAGUCAUGAACAGGUCACGGGCCGUGAAUUUUUGUUUACUGCCCAUGACCUGUCCAUGACUUUUACUAAAAAUACCCAUGACUAAAAUGUAGUCUUAUUUAUUGUCUCUACUCUGGCAGUUAUCCCCAAUGUGCUAGGCAUGUCUACACAAGGAGAAAGACACAUUCUUUCACCUGAACAACAGAAUGUAUAGAAAUCCUAAAGUUUACAAAAUGAAUCAAAUAUUUAUAAUUUAAAUCAGAUUUUUAUUUACCAUUUGCUAGUUCUUUACUGUAUUUUCAUUUGAUAGUUUUAAAUGGCUGAGUGGAUAUUUUGUACUUUUGUCUUCAAUUAGAAUUUCCUAAUUGUUUGUAGCAUUUCAGAUUUUACAUGGAAUUUUUUUCUACUAAGAAAUUUCACAUUUAAAAAAAUGCACACUUAAAAAAAGUGAAGCCCUAAGGCUUUUUUAACGUCUUUUGUAUCUGAAACACAAAAUUGAUAAGCAAAUGGCCUGUGGUAUUUUUGCAAGCAGCACCACCUUCUGAUCCCUCAAAUAUCCACAAGUCAAAAAAAAACAAAAGGCUUUGACUAGACCAUAUUCUUCCUUCAGGGUUUGCAACUGAUGGCCAUUUCCUGAAUAAAGUGUUUCAAGAGGAGAAAACCUUGCGUUUUCAUAACCUGUCUGGAGAGCACAUAUGUCUUGAGUACAGAUGGGAGGUGUAACAUUCAUAGUAAAGCUUUUGUAUAUGGGACAGCAACUAUUGAGGGAGGGACUUUUUGUAUGUGACAAGCUAGACAUCUCCAGUUACUCCUGUUCUUUCAAACAUCUGACCACAAUUGCUGGUGAUACAAUCAAAAUAUGUGAGAGAACACUAAGUGCCAGGCCACUGAUUUUGUGAUAGACAAUGCAGUCAAUGAGGCUAAGAGGAGAAGGGGAGCCUUGCAAGAAAAAGAUGACCUUGGUGCGUAAAGUCUGGCUGUUCUGCGCAUACUGUACAGUUCCUGCUAGAAGACUUGGAAGGAAAGACUGGCAACGACCAUGGUAUUGAAGGCCAGUCUGAUCCUGCAAUGUGAUGCAUGAGUCUGGAUCCCUGUACCAGGGUGGAGCUCCACUGACUUCUGUAGGGCUCAGGGGGUUAGCCAUGUGGAUUCAGUUGCAGGAGCAGGGGUUGUGUGAUGAGUUCUUGCACAAGAUGAAUUCUUCCACUUUGCAAAGACAAGCAUAGAGAUAGCCAUGUAUUUGUGAUGCCUCAAGAAGAAAAGUGGAAUCCGCAUUUGCAGAUUGCUUAGAAGCUUGUUUCAGAAUGGCCCAAAUUAAUGAAAAUCUGUGAAAAGCAGAGACAGGAUAUAGACUCUGUUUCCCAGAAAGUAACAAAUAUUGGCCUGAAGAGGUUUGCUGAGAUAUUGCUCCAGAUAUUGAAGGCAGCAUUGUUGGGACUUGAUUCGGAACAGAUUCAUCAGCUAUGGCUGAAUCUGUUGAAGUGUGAAAGAAGACAGAAAAAAAUCUUGUGCUGAACUGCAAUGAGAUAACUGCAGAAUGCAUAUUCUAAAAGCAUUGACUUGUAAAGCAUGAAAGCACAGGUUUAACACCAUAUCACUUUCCAGCUUAUGAAAUAUUCCCAUGUGUGCCAGCUUCCACUCACAAUUUAGGAAUCAACACUUGGUCUUGAAUAUGUAGAAGAGGCUUAUGCUAGUAGUUGAGUUUCAGCUACAGUAAUUCAACCACAGGCCAAAUCUACAUUUCAGAAAGUCAUUUUCUCCAGUGAAGUACUGAAAAAUGUAACAGCCGCUCACUGGUGGAGGUCUCAAGACAAUACUCUGGGAGGAACAAGGCUGGAUCAUGAAAGCAGCAUCACAGCUGUUAAGUGCUAUAGCUUCUUUUGUUGGUGCUGAAUGAGUAUUUUCAUCACUCGGGCUGGUGUGCUCCAGGAUUACAAACUUCAGGGAACAGCCUCGCAAUGUUGCUGGGUUUCGGGGAACAGUCCGCUAUGCUUCCGUGAAUGCACACAAAAACCGAGAGAUGGGUCGACAUGAUGACCUGUGGUCCCUCUUUUACAUGUUAGUGGAAUUUGCAGUUGGUCAGCUGCCAUGGCGCAAGAUCAAAGAUAAGGAGCAAGUUGGCAUGAUCAAAGAGAAGUAUGAACAUCGAAUGCUGCUAAAACACAUGCCAUCUGAAUUCCACCUCUUCCUGGAUCACAUUGCAAACCUGGAUUACUUCACCAAGCCCGAUUAUCAGCUGAUCAUGUCGGUGUUUGAGAACAGCAUGAAGGAACGAGGCAUUACUGAGAAUGAGGCCUUCGACUGGGAGAAAGCUGGAACGGACAUUUUAUUGUCUACAAGCACCUCCACGCCACCGCAGCAGAACACCAGGCAGACAGCAGCCAUGUUUGGGGUGGUUAAUGUCACUCCAGUUCCUGGGGAUUUGCUGCGUGAGAACACUGAAGAUGUCCUACAGGGUGAACACUUGAGUGACCAAGAGAAUGCUCCUCCGAUCCUGCCAGGCCGGCCAGUGGAAGGGCUAGGCCAGGCUCCUAACAUUGCCUUCAACGAGACCGAGGUUUGGGAAGAGACAGACGUGAACCGCAACAAACUCAGGAUCAGCAUCAGCAAAACCCAAUGCGUGGUGGAAGAGGAACAGAGAAGUGGUGUCUGCCCUAGCUCCCCGGUGCGGGCGCCUCCAGACUCCCCUCCCACUCAAGUGCGCUCUCUGAGAUACCAUCGUGUGAACAGCCCUGAGUCGGAGCGCCUGUCCACUGCCGAUGGCAAAGCAGAUCUACACGAGAGAAGAUCUCGCGUAGAUUUACCUUGUUCCCCUUCCCGGCUGGUGUGUUCCUCCCAACCAGCACAGAUGCUGUCCAUCGACACUGGCCAAGUAGACCGUCAGGCGAGCGGCAGGAUGGAUGUAUCUGCUUCCGUGGAGCACGAGGCCCUCAGCAACGCUUUCCGCUCCGUGCCGCUGGCAGAGGAAGAGGACUUUGACAGCAAGGAGUGGGUUAUCAUUGAUAAAGAGACGGAGUUGAAGGACUUUCAUCCAGGUGCUGAGCCGAGCACUUCUGGAACUACAGACGAAGAGCCCGAGGAGCUUAGGCCGAUUGACGAGGGUGAGGAGAGGAGGCGAUUGGGAGUGGAAGCUGCAGUCCGGCCAAAGAUCCACGAUGGGAGAACAUGGGGGAUGCAGCCUGUGACUGAGGAGGACAGUUCUCACAGGCUUGAAGGACACUGUCAAACGGUAUCUGACAGUAAACCUGAACAGCAGCCAGGAAGCCCGGCCCAGUCACCGUUACACUCAGCACCAGCUCCCCGACAGCGCAGACGGGAAUCCGAACCAAUCGGUCCUCAGAGACAGGUGUUUACACUGAACCCUUUUGAAAUGAAUGGUCUGCCCAAGGCGGUGCCUUUAAAUUUGCCUUAUCAAGACUUUAAAAGGGAUGUGUCAGACUCUAGGGAAAAGCCUAGGAUCCUCCAGCGGAUAAAGAAGGUCGACUUCUCAAACAUUGUCUUGACCGCUCCUUGCAAACCACCGGAGCCCCAUCUGGAACUGAAUGGGGAGCGUGAGGAGGAAGAGGAGGAGGAGGAGGGGGAGGAAGAAGAAGAAGAGGAGGAGGAGGAAGAAGAAGAGGAGGAGGAAGCUGGUUAUUUGGGAGAAGAGAUUGACAUGCACAGUAGCUCCAGCAGCGAUGUGAGCCAGAAAAGCACAGAGCGCAGUCAGGAAGGGGCGCCAUCCACUCUGCUGGCCGAUGAUCAGAAAGAGUCCAAGGGCCGAGCUUCCAUGGCCGAUGGUGAUUUAGAACUGGAGGAAGGCUCCAAAACGCUGGUGUUGUUUUCACCGGGUGACAUGAAGAAGUCUCCACUCACCACCGACUUGGCGCCAGAUGUCGAUCUGGGGACACUUGCUGCUUUAACGCCUCAGAGCGAGAGGCCCCAGCCCCUGGGCAGCCAGCUGGAUGUGUCGGAGCCCGGGACCCUGUCCUCCGUCCUUAAGUCAGAACCAAAGCCUCCAGCAGCAGUUUCCACGACGUCCUCCCCCUUUACCAAAGUCGAGCGCACGUUUGUUCAUAUUGCUGAGAAGACCCAUCUGAACGUCAUGUCUUCCGGCGGCCAGCUGGUGAGGCAUGAGGAGUACUGCCCUCCGGGCCAACUGGAGGAGAUCAUCCUUGAGGAGGAGCUGGAGGAGAACCUGGGGCUGGUAGAAAAUGGGAGUGCGAAUUCUGGUUUAGAAGGAGGAGAGAUGGAAAUCUGCACGCUCUCAGUCAAUCACAUCGAAACCUCCUCGGAGAUGGCGGUGGAGCCGCCGACAUUUCCCAACGGUGUGGCUCAGUCCCCGGAGGAGAGGCUGGAGCUUAAAGGCAAAGCCGCGCUGGCAUUGGAUUUGGAAGAAACUGGCCGGCUGGUUUCAGGAGAGCCUAGCUUAGAAAAGACCAUUCUGGCGACCGAACGCCUUACGCAAGCCGGGGCUCUCCUGGGAACGGCGAAGCAAGGCCCUAGGAAACCUCUGAGUGCCAGAUACAGAAGCCGGAUUCCCAUCUUGUUCUCUGAGGAGGACACCGGCUCAGACCAGUCGGCCUCGCUCUCGGCCAAAGAGAGGCUUCACAAGAGGGCCAAGCAGCCCGACUUGGUUCGCCUAGUGAUGGAGAGAAGGCAAAGCCACCUCCUCAGACUGGCCUCUGGGGCCUCCUCCUCAGCCUCCUCCAGCGACGAGCGGAGACGUGCCUCGGAGACCCUCUCAGCCACCGGCUCAGAGGAGGACACCCAUGACUCAGACGACUCUGUCCCACGGAGGACGGGGAAGGGGAAGGCGUCCCACCCAGGCAGAGAAGGGAAAACUUUAAGCACAAAGAGCAGAAUCCCUCGGCCCAUCGUGCCUGCGAGGACGUCGCCAGCAGCAGUGAAGUUCGGGAGCCCAGCAGCACCAGGCAGCUCGUCGCUCGACGCGGCUCUCACCGCCAGGCUUCAGAGGACAGCUGGGACUGCACCCAGUGACUCCCCACUGAAACAGAUCCAGAGCCGGCUCCCUUCCUCCCCGAGUCCGGCUCCUCCUCCUCCCGCGUGGAGCUCUGGUCCCCCCUGGAGCCCCAGCCUGCCCCCACGCAACCUCAGUGCUUCCCCCAGACGGGAGAGUCCUUCGCCCUCCCGGCAGCAUAGGCCAGGGUCUGCCCUGCAGCGAGUUCAACCGUCUCCCCGCCCUCAACCCCGAGUCCUGGCACGGGGGCUGCUGGGAGAUCCCCCAGCCUCCCCAGGCCUGGCCAGGAAAGGACAAAGAGGGAAAACCCAGACUCAGAGCCCAGCAACCAAAGGAAGGCAAGCGGGCGCGGAAGGCAAGGCUACGGCCAGAUAAUGAUCUUCUGCCGCCCACCCGUCAGGCUGGCUAACUCCGGCGUCUAGUGUAGACCGAGCUGCCGCCGCCCAGCCCUACAGGCCGGCCCCACGAGCGGCUAGCAGCACGUCAGCGCUUCCCUCCCGCCCACGCCCACGCCGUCCGGAACCAGCUGCCCCAGGGCGGAGCGCUCUGCCCCGCCGAGGGCUCAGCCGCAGCGCACGCUUGCUAUUGCAAACCACCCGGCAGAGCCUCAAGCACCCUGCCUAGUGCCUGCCCACCCCGGGCCCCCGCCCCUUCUCCUGCUCCGUGAGCAAAACCAGAGGCUCCAGUCCAGCGCGCUGACACGGGUGCUGCAGAGUGCAGCAGUUGAAGUCGGGGGAGAGGUGAUGGCCAUGGGUGCUGCGCCCACUGGGGGGAGAGGUGAGGGCUCUGGGACUGAAGGGAGCUGCCCCCCCCCCACACACACAGUGUGUUGCUCCAGGAAGCCCCCCGCACCCCCCCCGCGCCUCGCCUGCUGUUCUUGCACUGACAGUGGUUACAAUCCUGCGAGCCAGUGGGCAGCCCCUUGCAGUGCUCAGCCAGGCGGAGAGGAGCUGUGGACCUCUCUCGGCGGGCAGACGGGGAAGCAUGCCGCACAGGGAAGGGUGCCGCUGGGCCGCGGCGCCAGCUGGACUUUACCAGCUGCUCCAGCAAGCCUGCUAGUGCAGGGAGCCGGGUGUUGGUGCUCAGUGACACCCCCCCCCCCAGGCCAAUCUGUCUGUGGUGGCAGAUGGGUAUGUGUGACCAAGCCCGGGCUGCACUGACAGCUUGCCAGGGACCCAAGGGCUGGGGGGGGCAGAUUUCAGACACCUUCAUCUUGGCUAGCAAACUGUGCCCCAUGGAGACUAUCGGUCCCAGCACACAGCAGUGCAGCUGAGGGGGGGGGCCCAUCCAGCCUUUCCUACUGUUGCCAGCCGCAGCUCCACCCUAAAGAGGUGGGUGUCACUGAAUGGCUUUCGUGUGGGUGCCCCUGCACCGAAACUCCUUGUGCUUUGUUGUUGGUG